GGUGCUUUUCGACAAAAUCCCGAUUUAUCUUUUUAAAUUUUAGUACGUGAAUCAACGUUGCCACUAGCGAACUUUUGGCUUAACCGAAGUGAAAAUUGUCGAUUAAAAGUAAAUGUCUCUUGUAAACCGCUUUAAGAACUAGACUGGUCGUGGAAUCGCAGAUGUUUGAGCUUGUACAUCUCCGAGUGACUGCUAUGGUGGCAAAGCGACGGUUGACUCCACUACGUGUCCUCAAAGUUUUCGCACUGUUGACGUUAACGGUCGUAACUUUCUUUGUUCUCCACAGGAUCCAUGUCGACAAGUAUGCUUUAGAUAGUGUUAUACGAAUACCAAAUAUCUUGCCUUUAAGAAACAUUAAUCUGCAAAAUCAGGAAAACUUGAAAAAAUCGCGAUGCACGUUGCGUCGUCUGCUACGAGAAACGAAAAGUUCGGAAUUAGCAGCUUGCAGACGAGUUCAACCAGUCCCCGGCUCGUGUGAUGAAGCAGAACAAUUAUUUCACUCCAAAUCACCAGCAACCUGUCAUCACCAGAGGAAACUGGAGUUGUGCAAAAUAAAUCAAUCUGCAGGAGGCUAUGUGCAGUGUCAGGCUGACAUUUGCUUGUCCUUGAUUUCUGUGGGGACAGUCCGCACAGACAAUGGCAGAGUGAAGUGGCAGAAAUUCAAUUCCACAUCCAGUGCAGAGAAAUAUAUCUCCAGCCUGCUGCACCCAUCCACUCACAAACUCCACUUUGGAUUUUGUUAUAUAGCAUGUGAAACUGUGUCCGAUGAAUUCAGGAUUAAUAAUUUUAUCAAUCAAUUUUGGUAUGAUGAUGAUUUUCAUGAACUUGAAGAAGUACAAAUACUACUCUUGCCUCCCAGUCAUGCAGAAUUACCUGUUCAUUCAAGCAGAGAUGGCACCAGCAGAGUUAACAAAAAUGUCAACAUCAACAUGAUUUUCACAGAUUCCGUCUCACAUCAGCAUUUUCUUCGGUCAUUGCCGCAAACCGUAAAGCUGCUGCAAACUUUGCAUCAAAAUAUGUCACACAAAGUAAGUGUGAUGGAAUUUGACUUGGUGCAGGGUGUUCGAUCUCGGACAUUUGAAACUUUACAGUUGCUCUUUUCUGGAAGAAUUGAUCCAUCAGCUAGACCAUUUUCAACUCUUGAGCUGCCUCCUGAACCCCUGAAAACAGAAGUCCUCUUGCAGCGACUAAAACAAGAAGGCUAUACCACUUUGUGGCUUGAAGAUAUGUGCUAUAGAUGGGAAUGGGGGCUGUCCAAAGACCUCAGAGUUUUCAACAAGUCUUUAUCAAGGGAGGAGUCAUGGGACAGACUUCAGAAAGCUUUAGUAAAAGCAGGGAUUGAUUCUAUGGAAGUGACUUUAGCAAUGUGUAAGAUACUGAAUGACAAUGGUGUGCCAGACAUCUUCCAUGGUCCAGAUGCAGUAUGUUACAAUGGAAAGCAUCAGCAUGAGUAUCUUUUUGACUACCUUCUGUUGUACCAGAAAGAAAUGCUUGAUUUGAAACAAUCAUUUUUCACUUUUUUGGAAACAAAUAUUGGACAUGAAGACACUGGGCUCCGUGUGCAGUCCCUUGAUAGCACAUUAUCAAGUUACUUACAGCAAGCAGCACAGCAAGAAAAUACAUUGACGGUAUUGUUUUCGGACCAUGGUAAUGCUUAUGGCAUGUUUGUAGAAAAGUCAAUGGAAGGACACAUCGAAAUGUUCCAUCCAUAUAUUUUUUUAAUUAUCCCUGAGAAUGUUGCAUCCCAUCUAGGUUCAGCAUCAAUGUCAGCACUGCUUAUCAACCAGCAUCGCCUUAUUAGUCAUCUAGACCUCUACUACACCUUAAAGGCCCUUGUCACUAAUUUCACUUUAGAGGUGGAUAAAGCUCAUGAACAUUAUGAAGUAAAGAGAUGGGGACUGUUAGAAAUUGUUUCUCCAAAUCGUACAUGUGAUCACAUUCCACGAAUAAUGCCUAACCUUUGCAUUUGCACCAAUUUUGAUAUGGAGGUGAGGAAAGAUUCCUAUCAUGCCUUGUUUGCUCAUCUAGCAUUGGGAUUGUUGAAUAAUGAAAUUCAGCACCAGUUUCAUCAAGGUUGGUCAGAUCAUGGCUUGUGGAGGGGCUUUGGGCACUGUCAGCAGAUUUAUCUGGUGGACUUUACAAACAUCAGGAAGACAUUCCAUGGGAACAACACUAUUACACUGAAGAUGGAUAUUUUGGCAUUGCCCAAGGAACUUGCAGGUGUGUAUAGGACCAAUUCUUCUAGUGUCAAACCUGAAGUCUUUUUUAUCUCCAUUUUGGCACGACUGGAUGACAAUCAGAUAUUCCUGGAAAAAGUUGAUCGGCUCACACCAUAUAGCCAAGUUGCUAAAUGUGCUGAUAAAUCUGUUGACCUAAAAUUAUGUGUUUGUGACUCCAAAGUGAACAACAGUCUGCUGGAAACAGAACUCAAAAAAACAAAGGAUUUCUCCAUGAAUGAGAAUCUAGAAAAGAAUGAUAUAUACUUGCACACUCACAUUUAUUCCUAUCCAUCCACAAAUGAGUGUCUGUUACUGAUAGAAAGGAAAAAUCAACAUGGUGGGUUGUUUUUUGUGGCUAAUGUUUGUCCAACAAAAAUAUUUCAUGUACAGUUUUCACUGCAAACUGUAAGAAUGCAUGUGUCAACACAAAACAGUCCUAUACAAGGAACAGUUUACCCAGGCCAAGAAAUACUGUUAUGCAUGGCAGUCCAAAAAUCUCCAAAACCUGAUUGGAGCUGGUCAUUUAGUUCACAGUAUUCUGAAGAAAUCAUUUAAAUAUUUGAACUGCAAGUGCAUUGUAAAGAACCAUUGUUGUGGAUUGUCAAUUGGUGAUCACCAAGAGUGCCUUGUAUUCUCUAAUAGCAUGUUGUUUUCUCUUCAGUUUCAAUUUGGGUCUAAACAAUUAAUGCAGGCCAGCAAGCAGUAAAUGGUCAGGGUGCAACGGUGUACUUGUCAUCUACCAUCUUUUCCAGCAGAUAUUUUCUAGAUAGUGGUUUGACAAUACUUCUUGUUUAGAAUGAUGAAGUUUUAUGGGAAAAAAAUAAAUCAGAGCUUGACACAAAAUUAAAUUCUUUUAAAAAUUCAUUAUAAAAAUGUUUCCAUGCUUUAUUAAUUAAAAUGAUGUAGUGAUAAAAUAUGUUCCACAUUACCUCAAAAACAUUUUUGUCUUUUUUUGAGAUACAAUUAUGGAUAGAGACAUGCACAUUUUUAAUUGUAUUUUUUAUCAACUUUCAAACAACUGAAACAAAAAAAUGAUUUUAACCUGUAAGACAUAAAGAAAUGGAAGAUCAAACAUGACUUUUCUCAGGUGAGGAAAUGUUUGCUAUGCCACCCAUUUGAAUUUUGACCAAUUAAUGUUUAUUGUAUUGCACUUUUGCAAUAUGUUUAAUAUUUUUGAUACUGUUUUUAUUUAAUUCAUUUUCUCUGCUGUAUCUCUAUGGUUAUCCCAUGUAUUCUUGCAUACAUGUGAUGCUAUCAAACUUAUAUUUUUCUUAUUACAUGCAGUUGGGCUUACAUUUACACCUGCUACAGUUCUGGCACAUUUUGGAAAUGCAUUGUUCCUUUUUGAAAGAAAUAUUUAGGAUUUGCAGAUUGAAAUGGUGUGUACUCUUUGUGUUUCAGCCCUGGUGACAAUUAAGGACCACAUACAAUACAAUUUUCUGUGAAUAUCUUUCAUGCAUCUAAUUACAGAAAGGUGUACAUCAGCUAGUUUUGGGUGGAUAAUAUAAAAUUAUGUGUACUUAAAUUAUGUUGAACAUUAAAGAGCACAGAAGCUGUUUCAGUAUAAGAAA